AUGUCCCUGACACAUCGUGUCACCUCCCCCAAGAUCGGUUCCAUUUUCCGGUUGAGUGGUGUUAUGCAGUGCAUCGGCCUGCUGGACAGCAGCGGAGCUCGGCUACAGGCGGCCUUCGAGCCGUGGCGGGACGGCGGCAAGGAGCGGACGCGCACGCCGUCACGGCCGACGGUGAGCUCGUCCGGCUCGAUCAGCGAGGUGGGCGACGGCCAGCUGCUCGUGCUCGUCUCGGACAAGCAGGCGCGCGUGCUGGCCACGCCGGCGCACAGCUGCCUCUGCAAGCUGCAGAUCACCGACACAUCAUUCGUGGUCCGCGCUGACAUCGUCUCUCUGAAAGACAGCGUAUGUCUGGUCUGCUAUCUGGCCAACGGCCGUCUCAACACGUACAGCCUGCCCAGCCUGCGGCCCCUGCUCGAGGUCGACUUCCUGCCGCUGAACGACCUCAGUUUUCAGACGACAAAAUCCGCCAUUGCCGACCCAAUGCUGGCCAUAUGGGGUCAACAAAUGUUUGUUAACGAAGACACCACGCAGAUGGCGCGCACCUUCUGCAUCAGCAACCACGGCCACGGCAUGUACCUGUGCUCGCCCUCCGAGGUCCAGAAGUUCACCAUCUCGGCCGACUUUUGCACCCAGCUGCAGGACAUGGUGGGCGAGCUGUUCCUGGCGUGCGACACGCCCGAGCCACCGCAGCAGAGCUUCUUCAAGGGCCUGUUCGGCGGCGGCGUGCGCUCCCUGGACCGCGAGGAGCUCUUUGGCGAGACGUCAGGCAAGGCGUCGCGCAGCGUGGCCAAGCUACUGACGGGUCCGACAGCGCAGGCGGAGCAGCUGCAGGCGCGCGUGGCCACGAGCGGCGGCGAGGUGGGCCGCGCCCGCCAGCUGAUGGUCGAGCGCGGCCAGAAGCUCUCCAAGCUGGAGGACCGCACCGAGCAGAUGAUGGCCGACGCCGACAACUUCUCCUCGACCGCACACCAGCUAAUGAUGCGCUACAAAGACAAGAAGUGGUACCAGCUGUGAGCGGCCGGCGCGGGCGGUGCUGGCGCCUGGACUCGGCGGCGAGCUGCUGUUGUACUGUAGGGGUGAUAUUGGGCGGUCGAGCCGGGCGCCGCCGCCGGGCUCUCUACCCUCGCGUCGCGCGCAUGGACCGAUUUGUGCAAUAAGGACGGCAUGCGUGGCGGGAUGGGCUUCGUGCGUUGUGGUUGUGCCCUUACCGAGGCGGGCAGGUGUUUGUACUAGUCCGGCCCCGGUCGGCGGGCCUGUGGUGGUCGCGUGGCGGGCGCUCUGUUGGAGCGAUUUUAGACUGGACCACACCUUCACGGGCCAAUUUCACCUCCCCCCCCUCCCCUCUCGUGCCCCUUGAAGUAGGCCGUGCGGUCUGUAGAGUGUCUCUGUACACCACUGUAACUUCCCAGAUCUGGCGGCCGCGGUGACGGCGCCGCCCUCUAUCGGGUGGAGUGGGCCAGCCUGCGAGGCGGCUCCGCCUGGCGGCCGCCGUCGUUGGACGGGCCCACUGGCUGACCCUCGGCCGUGACGCCCACGCCCGCGCCAGGCCGGACCGGGCCGCCACCCGCCGUAGCGUUUUGUUUGUGAUAAUCCACUGCGACAUUCCGGGGAGAGGGCGGGCUGCACCCUUCCAGGGACGCGCACCGGCGCCGCCCCCGCCCCCGCCGGCUGCGGCGCCCAAAUCUAUUUUAGGAGGGGCUCGGGGCCCGAAGCGUGUGCUGGUGUUUGCCGGUGACGGUGAGGUGUCGGCGCCGCGUGGCGGUCGGCGGGCCGGGGCUGCGGGCUCCGGCCUUCGGAGCGACGCUGGUGGC